UCCCACUCAGCCACCGGCGAAGAGCGCACGGGGGGAUAUGUGCAACAAGACUAUCUCCACCGAGUUCAUUUUCUCAAAUUUUUAAAAAGCAACACUUUUAUCGUAAAGUCGAAGGAAUAGGAUUUUAAACAUGCUACUAUUUUAAUUAAGAAGGGACUUAUUUUCUCCGUGGUUUCCUCAGUGGAGUCACCGCCGCAGUAAGAAGAGAACCAAAAAUGCAGCUGCCAGCACAACUCCAACUAUUUAUUUUGAUGGCGGUUUUGAACUGCCUCAACGGAAAUACCUUAAAAUAUCAAGUGUAUGAAGAACAACGAGCGGGGACUGUCAUCGCGCGCUUAAAGGACGACGUUGCGGAAGUUUUAUCCAAACUACCGAGCUCCGUGUCCUUUCGGUUCCGUGCUAUGCAACGGGGAAGCACGCCGUUCCUGUCUGUGCGGGAGGAGGACGGGGAGAUCAGCAUCGGCUCCAAAAUCGACCGGGAGAAGCUUUGUGAGAAAAAUGUCAACUGUUCCAUUGAAUUCGACGUGGUUACACUGCCGACGGAGUAUCUGCAAUUGUUCCAUGUGGCGGUGGAGGUGUUGGACAUCAACGACAAUUCUCCACACUUCUCCCGCGCCAUCGUCCCUAUUGAGAUCUCCGAGAGCGCGGCUGUGGGGACCCGCAUACCACUGGACGGCGCAGUGGAUGCAGACGUCGGAGAGAACUCGCUCCACACCUAUUCCCUCAGUCCCAACAACUUUUUCAAGAUAGACAUCAGAACCAGGACAGAUGGGGCUAAGUACGCAGAGCUGGUGGUGAUGCGCGAAUUGGACAGAGAGGUACAGUCGAGUUACCAAUUACAGCUCACCGCUUCGGAUAACGGCGUACCCCCCAAAUUUGGCUCCACGUUGUUGAAAAUUAGCAUCACGGAUUCCAAUGACAAUAGCCCGGCAUUUGAAGAGCAGGCAUAUGUUAUUGAUUUGCUGGAAAACUCUCCUCUUGGGAGUCUUCUCAUUGAUUUAAAUGCUACAGAUCCAGAUGAGGGCACUAAUGGGAAAAUUGUGUAUUCUUUCAGCAGUCAUAUCCCGGCCAAAAUUUUAGACAUAUUUAAGAUAAAUGCAGAAAAUGGUCACAUUACACUGAUGAAAAAGGUGGACUAUGAAUCCACUUCAUCCUAUGAGCUUGAUGUGCAGGCUCACGAUUUGGGUCCAAAUUCCAUUCCGGGCCUUUGCAAAAUUGUUGUGAAAGUGGUGGAUGUCAAUGACAACAAGCCAGAGAUAAAUAUUAACCUCAUGACCCCAGGCAAAGAGGAGGUCGCCUACAUCUCCGAGGGUGCACCCGUAGAUACCUUCAUUGCAUUGGUGCGCAUUGAUGAUAGUGAUACAGGGCUUAAUGGUGAAGUGGUCUGCAGGCUUCAUGGCCACGGUCACUUCAAACUCCAGAAAACAUAUGAAAAUAACUAUAUGAUCCUCACAAAUAGUUCACUUGACAGAGAGAAGAGAUCAGAGUACAGCCUGACAGUCAUAGCUGAGGACCAGGGCUCCCCGAGCCUCUCCACGAUCAAACACUUUACUGUUCAGGUGCUGGAUGAAAAUGACAAUCCUCCUCGUUUUCAGAAGAACCGCUACGAGGUGUUCAAAUCUGAGAACAACUCCCCGGGAGCAUACCUGAUGACAGUGGUGGCCUCUGAUCCAGAUCUGGGCACCAAUGGUCAGGUCACGUAUGCCAUCAUGGAUGCUCUGGUGAAUGGGAGCCCCAUCUCUACGUAUGUGACCAUUGACCCCUCAAAUGGAGCCAUUUAUGCCUUGAGGACUUUUGACCAUGAAGAUGUUAGUCGUAUUACUUUUACAAUUCAAGCAUUUGAUGGGGGAAAUCCUUCCCUGUCAGCCAAUACAACUGUCCUGCUUACAGUUCUGGAUGAAAAUGACAAUCCGCCUGUCAUUCACUCUCCCUCCCUCCAGAAUCACACUGCUGAACUUCCUGUAUGGAAGUAUGCAUCUCCUGGUCAGCUGAUUACAGCGCUUAGGGUCACCGACCGCGAUACAGGUGCCAACGGAGAGGUGAUUUGCUUGAUUGCGAGCGGAAAUGAAGAUGGUUUGUUUGUGAUGGAUGCUCGGCGAUGUGAGCUCAGAACUAAUGCGAGCUUAGAACAAGUGCCAAGGGAAGUGAUGGAGAUCAGGUUAGAAGUACAAGACAGAGGCACCAAUCGACUUACUACAUUUGCUCUCCUAAAGCUGACUCUACAGGAGACUAUAGACAUCCUCCCCCCUCUCCAUCCAACUGGGUCCAGCACCACCUCUCAUGAUCUCUCCCUCAUCAUCAUCAUAUCCCUCGUGGCAGUUUGCGCUGGGCUGCUUAUUGUAAUGGUCAUGUUUGCUACAACCCGUUGCACCCAGGAAAAGAAAGACUCUAAGCAUAACUACAAUUGCCGUGUUGCAGAAAACAGCUAUCAGAAACACCCCAAGAUGCCAACGAGGCAUAUACACAAGGCAGAUAUUACCCUGGUCCCAACAGUAAAUGGAAUUCUCGCUGUGCAGUCCCACCCACACUCCCCAUCAGCCUCUCCAGCACCUGUGAGGGGCACCCUUGGGAGCACGCAGAGCCAUCACAGUCGCCAGUCACUCAACAGUCUCGUCACCAUUUCCUCCAAUCAUGCGCCAGAGAGUUUUGCCCUGGAGUUGGCCCAUGCCACACCGCCAGUUGAGCAAGUUUCACAGCUUCUGUCCAUGCUCCAUCAGGGCCAGUACCAGCCACGGCCAAGUUUCAGAGGCAACAAAUACACAAGGAGCUACAGAUAUGCGCUAAACGAGAUGGAUAAAUUCAGUCUCAAAGACAGUGGUCGUGGCGACAGUGAUGCCGGUGACAGUGACUACGAGCCUGGCAGAGACUCACCUCUGGAUAGACUUCUUGGUGAGGGGCUUGCUGAGAUUUAUAUUCCUGACGUCCAUCACAGAGUGCAUGCAGGUAUGAGGCUCUGCACUGAGGAGUGUCGCGUACUGGGUCAUUCAGAUCAAUGCUGGAUGCCCCCAAGUGCUUCCCCGGCAUCCUCCUCCGCUGACUACCGGAGCAAUCUCUACAUUCCAGAGGAGCAAGCUUCCCAACGCACUGACCAGCCACCCGACAAAAUCCCACAGCCAUGCACUGAAAAUGGAUCAGGCCGGAACAAAAGCUUUUCUACCUUUGGAAAAGAUCCGGGCAACGCGGAUCGUGGAGAAGAGGAAGCUGAAGAUGAUGGGGGCGAUGAGGCCAGAGAUGAAGACCUCUGUGGAACGACGUCAUUGCUCUCAGAGAUGAGCAGUGUUUUUCAGCGUCUGCUUCCCCAGGGUUUAGAUUCAUACAUCCAAGUUCAUGACAACCAGAAGGGGACUUCCCUCAGUGGUAUCAGCGUACCAAUGACUGGAUCUUUAGAUCGAAGGAGGGGCCAUCUUCCUGGCAAGGCCAACCUGUCUGCCCACCAGCAAGGUGUUGCCGCUUGGGCCGCCAAUACUCACUUCCAGAAUCCAGGAAGUGGCAUCAUUCAACCUGGUCACCAUCAGGGAGGCAGCUACCACACGCUGAAGGCCAGCACCAAGCUCAGCUGUCAGAGCAGCAGUCACAAUAACUCACAGCCAUUGAAAAACAGCCUGCAGAAUAACAACCCCAAAUCACACAGCAGCUUGAUGCUCACAACAAGCGCCAGCCCCACUGUAAUACAGCCUUCUCAGGGUCCCGUGCCAAUACCAGUGCCCCUUCCUGGCCCUUCAUCCAAGUGGCUUCCUGCUAUGGAGGAAAUCCCAGAAAACUAUGAAGAGGAUGAUUUUGACUCUGUGCUUAGCCAUCUGCAGGGAAAACGAAGUGAGAGCCGCCACGAGCUGGUGGAUGCCAGUGAGUUGGUGGCCGAGAUCAAUAAACUUCUCCAGGAUGUUCGGCAGAGCUAAACUCCUGUUUCAUAUGUAUAUCUAGUUACAACCAGUUGCUAUCUUUUACCUUAGAUGAAAGAAUUGCGGUAAGUGGGUUUUCACCCCAAAAAAAGAGUAAAAAAGAAAUACAGUGGACCCUCAGGAUACUAGCUAGCUCAUAACGUGAAUGUGCUGGUAUCAUGAAUGUAUUUUCUUUAGAGGUCGACCGAUAUGGGAUUUUCAAAUGCUGAUGCCAAUAUUUGAGGCCGAUAUACCUUUUUUUUGUAAAGCGCGUAGAUGAAACAGGGUUCCCGCGGGUCCUUAAAGGGAUCCACGAAUAGAAAGACUUGUUGUUCUUAAAAGAUAAAUGUUAGUACAAGUUAUUAUAAUUUGAUAUUGAAACCCCUCUUGAUGUUUUCGUUUUUAUACAAUUUGUAAAAUUAUUUUAACUAGAAGGUCGCCAUUAUUGUUGACGUCGCAGGGCGGUGACGUCACAGGGCCACGCUGCCAGAAUUCCACCUAUCACUCUUAAAAAAAAAAAAAAAAAAAAAAGUGUCACUCUUUAAUUAUGUAAGGUAGUUAUUUAAAUGAGUCACAAGGUGUCAAUGGCGAGUUUUACAUUAAUUAGGGAUCAAGCCAAUGAGUGUGUUUUUUUCCCUUAACUGAUGCUGUAGUUUCUUUAAUCCACAGUGGGAGAGAGAAAGGAGAGUGUACACAGGCAUUCAGAUUCAUAGCUCGGACCGCGCCGUUUAAUGGCAUAAACUUCGGCAACUCUUUCACAACAAUCAUAAGUAUCAUAUAGUGAAAAUACUACAAAACUAAUAAUCAUAUCUCUCAAAAAAUGUCACCAAGAAGAAAAGUGCUUCAAUCUGUAUUACUUAGGCCUUAUUCUCACACAGUUAACACAACAAUGCGAAGAGAACUGGCAUUCACAAUCAAAAUAGAUGCCCAAAAUACACAUAAAACUUACACAGACUUUGGUCAAAGUAUAUUUAAACAUUUUAGCAACUCCUUUAGCUCAACAAAUACACUGGAUGGCAAUAGGAGGAGCAGGAGUCUUGUGAAGACAAAAAAACACAAAACAGGGAGCUACGGCAUCAGUCGAGGGACAAAACGCACUCAUUGGCUUGAUGUCUUAUUAAUGUAAAACUCGCCAUUGAGACCUUUUGGUGUAUUUAAAUCACUACCUUACAUAGUUAGAGUAACUGUGAAGUACGCUAGCGAGGCCCUGUGACGUCACUGCCCUGCGACAUCAACAACAAUUGCGAGCUACUAGUUUAUUUUUUUAUUUAACAUUUUAGAAAAUUUAUUAAAAUGAAAACAUUAAGAGGGGUUUUAAUAUAAAAUUAUUAUGACUCGUACAAACAUUUAUCUUUUAAGAACUACAUAUCUUUUUAUCCGUGGUUCCCUUUAAAAAGUCUUAAAAUGUCUUAAAUUUAAAAUGGAAAAUUGCAAUUGGUAUUAACUUUCCACAACAUGAAUUUAAUGCCAGGGUUGCAACCAAAAUCUUCCAAUUAGACGAGUGUUAGCUCACUGGCUGCUCGACAUCCAAAUCAUUUUGACUGGAUUGGAUGCCUAGCGCUGUCAAUGGCACUUAAACUACAGCAUUCACAGCCAGUCUUUUGUGGCCAUUUAGUUCUGUUUAGUUUAAGGCAUUUACAGGUCACUUCCUGUUGAUUUUAAGUGACUUCCUAUUCAUUCUGAGUUACUUCCUUUUCAGUAACCCAAAAUUAACAAAAAGUUACCUGUAAAUGCCCCAAAAUCAACAAGAAAUGAACCGUAAAUGCCUCAACAGGAAAAAGAAUUGACCGAAAAUCAAUACGAAAUGACGUCAAAAGCCAAGAAUUAACUCGUUGUCUGAUAUUGGCUGCCACUGAAGGUGAUAGAUGUCCAAUCCGCUUAAAUUGGGAGCAAUUGCCAUAUCGUGAGAUCAUCAUCAUUGUGAGGUUUGUAUCGCAAUGUAUCCAGAGGUUCCCAACACUAGUGCAAAUACUUUUCGUUAGGGAAAAUGGUGGUCAAAGCCAUCGAGUAGAACAUGAGAGGAGAAAAACCCAAGUUAUAGUGAAGUUUUUUUUUUUAAUUAUUCAUCAGAAGUUGUUGCGGCGUUUUGGUCUUAAAUCAGUUUUUUAAGGUCUUUAAAAGUAUUAAAUUUGACUUUUAAAAUGGUGCACGAACCCUGGAUUAUAAAAGGCAUUUAAAAAAAAAAAAAAAAGCUUAAACAGUAGUGUUGUUUUUGGCAGUGCUUUUAAUUUCGGUCUUAAUCGUAGUCGUUUAAACGGUAAUAAUGAUUAGUCUUAGUCAUAUUUUAAUUAUUUCAAAACGUGUUUGUCUUCGUCUGGUUUUUGUUGACGAAAACGCAGGCCAAUUUCGUCUAGUUUUAGUCGACUUUUACUCAAUAUUUUCUUCUGUAAAAUUCGAAAGUGUCACUUCAGAAAUAAAUAAAAAAAGGUUUCUAACUAUUUCGAAUGAACAUUGACAGACGAGCUCAUAUUGUAGCAUAUACAAGUAUCUACAAAUCUAUCACGUGAUAAUACUCUGCAGGAAAACAGUACAUUAUUUUAAUGAAUUAUACCCAUUCGGACGCCACAAACUGUGUAAAAAAAAAGUUGUCCAAGAGUUUAAGAGGAUGCUCACCAUAAGCAAUAGCCUAAUGCUAACGCAAACGUGAAUGCUAUGCUAAUGCUUAGAGUAACAUUUAGUGUGGGAUGGUCUGUCAGCACAGACCUUUAAAGGCUAAAGCAACAUUGCAUAAUCUCUCUUGCCAAGAUAGGAAGAUAAAACUUAAGGUGUGUGUCGCAAAACAAGCAAUGGGGAGACUGGAGAGGACAGUAGUGGAUGAGUCAGGAGGAGCACAGCACGUCACAUGAGUGACACAACCAGUCACUGCUAAGAUGUAAGCUAACUACACAUAAAAUGUUACACAUUGUGAACAUGUGACGUAAACUAGCGAAUUUUCAUCACGUUCUCGUCUCGUCAGAAAAAAACUUUCAUUCAUGUUGUUAUGUUUAAGUCUCCCAAGACACGUUUUUAGUUCGUUAUCGUCUUGUCAUAGUCAUGAAAAAUGUUCGUCAACGAAAUAUUUUCGUUAUGGUCAUCGUUGACGAAAACACUCUUUAACAACUUCUGAUUUACAAUGAUGACCUGAAACUUAAAGGAUUAAUUCAGUCUAGUGCUACCAAACCAAUAAGCACAGCACUUGUUUAUGUGAUUAUACAGAGUUAGCAUGAACAGUUUGUUCUUUUUAAAUAAUUAAACCCACCAGGAUGUCACAACAAAAUGUAAACAAGUGAGAGUCUAAGAGGAACCUCGCCAUGCUAAAGCUAACGCGAAUGAUACGCUAACGCUACAAGUUACAUUUACAGUAUAAGGAUCACUCAGUAAACGCCUUUAAAGGCUAAAGCAACAUUGCAUAUUGUCUCAUGCAAGAAAACAAAAUCUUACAGGAUUUACAAAACAGGCAAGCCUGAAGCCCCCUAUGGCAGUCUGCCUUCAAACUGCUGCGGGGUCCUUCCAGGGUCCUAGUUAGUGGUGGCCACUGUUGCCUACACAGAUGCCAGAUCAAAAUCAUUUUUUAUUGGCUUAUUUUCUUUGUUAAUUGGCCAAUGUCGGAAAAAAGUCCAUAUAUCGAUAACCAAUAUGUUGGCCGAUAUAUCGGUUGACCUCUAAUUUUCUCCAUAAGAAAUAAUUUAAUUCCAGUUAAUGCGUACAACACUUAACGUUACCCCACAUUUGCCUUUUUCCGGGGGAAAGUAGUUUAUUUUCACUUGUAAGCACAAAUAAAUUAGAUGCACUUCGAUACAAAACUAGGCAAUGAGGAUCUGCGGCAGGUGAGCAGAUGGGGAAUUCUCUUGAUGCUCAUAUGCCCCCUAGUGGGACGCCAGAGGCACAUGAGGAGACUAAGAAGGAGAUAGCUUGCUGGUGGGUGCAGAUGCACUCGGACAUGUUAAUUGAGAGAGGAUUUUCUGUCGCUUGUAUGGUAAAAAAUUUGCUCAAAUUAUGCGACUUUUUUUUCUCGUGAAAAUACUCGUUUUGUGAAAAAGCCCUAAGAUGAGGUGCUUGUAUCACGAGGGUCCGCUGUAAUUAAAAGAUUGUUGUAUUUGAAUUUCCGAUGUUGAAUGCUAAAUAUCCCAAAAAUGUUUGUAAAUAUUGGAUGGUACACAAUGUACAUCAUUCCACCGUAUUUAUCUUUGUAUUUUAAAAAUACAUUUGUAACUUAUUUAUACAAAAAAAUGUAAAUACAUUUAAUCAAAUCUAUUUUUAUAUAUUGAAUGCAUGUUCAGUCGAAAGCAUUGAAUCAAGACUAACUUGUGAUCGACAUUCUGCCUAUUUAAACUGUUUUUGUAUUGUGAAUUUCUCUUUAUUCUUUAAUAUAUUAUUAUAUUAUCUAUACAAGAAUAUAUUACUUUUGUCAUUGUGCAGCCUGUGGAAAAAAGAGACAAAUAAA